CUUUUGCCACGUAAGUGAGGUCGUGUCUGGCGGCCAGAGAGACAGUCGUAGAAGGGGCGAACACAGAGGUCACGACUGAGCAAGGAAGAGGCUCGAAUUCCUAUCUUAAAGAUCUAGAGGUUGUCUCCGAAAGAGCGAGUGAGCAUUGCUCAUCCAGCCACUACAGACACUGUAUAAUCGUUGGAGGUCGAAUUUUUGUGUUCUCAUCCGACGUUUUUUCUUUUGUAAACGUACCUUUUUUAUACACUGUCUCAUGUAACAGGUUAAUUGGUUCAUUGGAUCUACUACGUGUGUUUCCGUACAAGGUCUCAUGUACGAGAUUUAAUCGACUUUUUAGGAGGUAUCGGAUCCGACGUUAACUCAAUCAGACCUCCUACAUCGAUUUUGGUCCCAGGUUUCAGAUUUAUUCCACCAUUUGACCUUACACACGGCUUUUGAGCUAAGGAAAGAAAGGAGAAAGGUAGACUCUGGUUGGUCGGAAAGUGGUUAAAACUUACGAUUCAACGAGCUGGAAAGCAGAUGCGAGAGAUAGAGGGGGAUGGAGGAGCUGAAGACUGACAGAUCUGCUCAUGAUGAAGAUUCUGGUCCCUGGGGAGUCACUCAAUGUAAAUGGUGAUGUUCUGGAGAAAUGAGGCCUCCUACCCAAGUCUUAAAGAGGGGAAGUAAUUGUCGAUCAGUCGAGUAUCUUGCUGUCUGUGUUAGACAAUGCGAAGACCUGGAGGGUGGCCAACGAAAUUUUCAAGAACGGAUGUGAGCUGUAAGAUGAUCGAAGAUACAAGAAGCUCUUGCCUUUGCUGUUGUUGGUUGGAACUGUUUUGCUUCCGGGGUUUUUAAAUGACGUAAGUGAAGAAACCUUCGCCACGCUGGCGCGUUACAAAAGUUUGGAGAUGAAACCUGGUUGCCUUUAGAAAAGGUGAAGAUUACUCCAGUUUCGCGAAUUGGCAUUAGUAGGGCCUAUUUGGGUUGCUAACUGGAAGGAGAUUACAUGUUAAUUUGUUAGUAAACACCAACGUUUCGCAGCGGGCAAAAAAGCCGGGGAGCAAUGGAAUCUAUUCUGGUGAGGGCCCUGGAAUCGAAGCUCAAGUACUGGUUGCGCUCGUUUACCAGAGACCAGUUUAAGCUUCAGGGCCGCAGUGUGCACUUGUACAAUCUUGAUCUUAAUGGGGAUGUACUACAUGCUGCAAUCGGGCUCCCCCCAACGCUGCGCGUGGCGCAAGCUCGAGUCGGUAGAUUUGAGCUCAAGUUGCCUUCGUUAUCCAACGUGAAUUCGGAGCCAGUUGUGGUGGAAAUUGAUAAGCUUGAUCUGGUGCUCGUAGAAACAGCUGGCAAUGAGGAAGCUGUUCUAGUUACAGGGACUCAAGCAACAACAACUCCAACAAAAGUUGCCUCCACGGGCUAUGGGUAUGCUGACAAGAUUGCAGAUGGAUUGACUAUUACCGUUGGUACGGUGAAUCUCAUGUUGGAAACUAGAGGUGGAGGUGGUGCAGGUGGAGCUUCAUGGACUCCACCACUGGCAUCUAUAACUAUACGAAACCUGCUACUCUACUCAACCAAUGAACAUUGGAAAGUGGUGAACCUAACGGAAUCAAGAAAAUUUUUUGCGAAUAAGAAAUGCAUCUAUGUAUUUAAGAAGCUUGAGUGGGAGUCACUUUCUGUAGACCUGCUUCCGCACCCUGACAUGUUCGCGGAUGAAAAUCUUCCCGACACCGACUCAGACUCUAGUCGUGAUAAUGUCGGGGCAAAGAGAAUGUUCUUCGGAGGGGAGCGUUUUCUCGACAGCAUUUCAGGAGCUGCCUAUAUUACAAUGCACAGAACUGAGCAAAACAACCCAAUUGCUCUUGAGGUCCAAGUGCAUAUACCUGAGACACUUUGUCCUGCAUUGAGUGAGCCAGGUUUACGGGCACUGCUUCGUUUCAUGACAGGGGUGUAUGUUUGCAUAAAUCGUGGAGACGUGGAUCGGAAAAAAUCUACUGAGGCUGCUGGACGCACGAUGGUGAAAGUGACUGUCGAUCACGUAUUUUUGUGCAUCAAGGAUGCAGAUUUUCAGCUUGAACUUCUAAUGCAGUCAUUGAAUUAUAUUCGGGCAAGCGCGGGCGAUGGAGACUGCUCUCGCACUAUGUCUCGCCUUGAGUUGGGUCACUUAUUUUUAAGAGACACAUUUUCAAAUCCAUCAUGCACUCUUGUUCAGCCUAGCAUGCGCAAUGCUCCUACUGAUUUUCCACCAGUCCCGUCCUUUGCUAGUGAAAAGUUAUGGCCGAGAAUAUAUCCGCUUGACAGUCGACUCAUUAUUAGAGAUGCAGCACCUAUGAUGUGCAUGUUUGCUUCCCAGACAACGCCAGCACCUGAGCCCCCUGCUCUUGCUUCACAGAUGGUCGUUCAGUGUCAGCCUUUAAAGAUUAAUCUACAAGAAGAGUCUUGUAUACGGAUAGCUUCCUUCUUAGCUGACGGUGUCACCGUCCGACAGGGUGUAGUAACACCAGAAACAUCACUCAAUGCAAUUUAUUUCAGUCUUAAAGAAUUCGACUUGACCGUGCCUUUGAAAGCUAACAAAUCUGAAGAGGAGGAUGAUGAUGGCGGUUUCACAGGAGUUAGACUCCACGUGGAGGGUUUUAUGGUAGCGCAGAGUCCGUUUCUAACUUUCAGAAUGCUUGACUUAGACGGAGACCCUGCUUGUUUCCCAUUUUGGAAAGGUCAACCUGUUGACUCAAGCCAGCAAAGAUGGGUUAUGCGGUCAACCCAUAUUAGCGUUGCUCUGGAAACAGGACGUUGUGACGACUCGGCUCAAAACUCAAGUACUGAUUGGGAUGCAGGCCUUUGGCGUUGUGUAGUAAUGGCAGAGCCAUGUUUAGAAGCUGCGAUGGUCACAGGAGAUGGUAAACCAUUGAUCAGUGUUCCACCUCCGGGUGGAAUCGUCAGGCUUGGAGUUUCCUGCAAAAGCUAUACAUGUAAUGCGUCUAGUGAACAGUUGCUAUUCGUUCUGAAAAUGUAUGGAUAUAUGAUGGAUGUAAGUCAAACUCUUGUACGAGUCAGCAAGGGCCUUGAAACUGUGCAUUCUUCAGCUGGUGUGCAUAGUAAGACAUCUAGUCGACAAAUAGCUAAACAUCAUUCUUUCGCCAGAAUAGCUCCUGAUGACAGUGCGGUGAUUAUUCGAUUAGUCAACUUGGAACUGAAGCUACUGGAAUCAGUCCCCGGUCAAGUUGCUGUGGAGGGUCCUCCCUUAGUGCAAAUCUUUAUUCGUGGUAUUUGCCUGAAAGCCACUCACAGGACUCUUGGAGGUGCAGCAGCAAUUUCAUCAGCACUGUGCUUUCAAGAUGUGAGAGUCGAGUGUGUUGAAACCGAAUUGUGUAGCCCUAUAGCGCCCGUCUCGUUGAUGAACGCGCAAUUCAAGGAGAAUCUCAGACGAGCCCGAAGCAACUGUGACCAGCUAAACUCCAUGGAACAAGCUUCCGCAUCCGAGUCUAUUCCAAGCAUGACAUCCGAGUCCUCAGGAACGGAUGUAAUGCUUCAGGACGAUGUAUAUCCUGCAAGCAAGCAGCAGGGAUCGCACAAUGUGUACUCGACUAUGCGUUCUGUCCUCUGGAUUGGAGAUGAACGAGGGAGCAUGGCUCGAGCUGAGGCAACAACUAACGGAAAUUCUAGAAUUAAGCGCACACCAUUCCUGGAGGUGGCAGUUGUACACAUGAUUCCGUUGAGAAAGGAGGACGUUGAAUGUCACAGCCUGAAAGUAAGUGCCAAGAUAGCUGGAGUCCGGUUGGGAGGAGGAAUGGUGUACACCGAAGCUCUUUUACAGCGCUUUGGAGUCCUUCAACCUGAUGGCAGCCCUGGUGAAGUGGUGAAUAAGGUAAUGAGUUCACUAUCCAGUGGACCCUUGGCUGAUUUCCUCAGGCCCACCGCUGGAGCCAUCCCAGUUUCAACAGAAGUUGACAACAAGGGAUGGGAGAUGGGAAGACCGCAUGACAUUGAUCUAGAUCUUCAGCUUCAGGAUUGGCUCUUUGCUCUUGAAGGGGCCGAAGGUGUAGCCGAAGGCCCGAGUUGUACUGAAGAUUCUGUUCUCACAAGAGAGCAGAAAUGCUGGCAUACAACAUUUCGGUUAUUGAAAAUUAGUGCAUCCGGGCGAAAGCUAGACUCUGAGGAUUCGCCGCUUCCAACUGAAGGAUCCAGCUUAAGAAGUCCAGUUCAAAAUAUCAAGGUACGCAUUGAAGGUCUUCAAGCUCUGAAACCUAUUCUAGCAGAUGAGUUAUUUGGUUCCGGCACAAAUGACCACAAUUGGGCGUCAUUCAAGGAAGGUUUUAGCCAAUCAGAUGGAUAUGUUUUGGCUCCCGAGAAACGAAGCGGACGUCCUGUAAAUCUUAAUGUGACCAAUAGCAGUGGUAUCAACUUGGAGGUCAAUCUGAUAGAAAACACGGAGGAUCCCGAAGUUCGGUCUGGCCACUGGGUCGUUGAGAGCAUUCAAGCCGCUGUAAAAGAACCGAUCGAAGUGAGGGCGACGAAGAGAGAGGUGGAGUAUCUUGUACAGCGUUGCCAGCUCGAAGUAGAGUCCGCGAGCCGAGUUGCUGCAGGGGUCCUUAAGUUGCUACAGCUACAGGGUCCAUUCGGCCAGUCCGCGAUUGAUCAGCUGAAUGACAUCGGAAGUGGAAGCCUGGAAAAAAUUUUGACACCUGACAAAACAAGUCGUCGACUCAGCUCAAGGGGAACUUUGCCAUCCACGUCACCUUUUAGUAGACACAAACAAGUUGGUUCGAAGGUUGAGCUUACCGUAGGUGCUCUUGAAGCAGCAGUUGAGAGGUCCCGAAAGUUGUGUGCGAGCUUGAGAAUGUCUUUAUUUAGUUCUGAGAUAGGUGGGAGUUCAGAUUCAGAUAAGCAAUUGAGUUCGAAAAGCUCCUUAGAGAAUUUGUCCUUAGUAGCAGAGCAGCUUCAAAACAUGGAGGCAUUGAUUUCAAACCUCAAGAGUGAGAUCCAUUAGGUUAUUGUUCAAUAUCCGUGCGUAACUUCAGUGGACAAGUUUGCUGGUUGUACAUGUAUAUGCAUUUAAAGCUAUCCACCAAUGAGUGAGUUUUGUCAUCGAGAUUGAGAAGCGAGAAAGCAUUUUCUGAAAUAAAAUGA